AUUGCAUCACAUAAAAAAGCGGGUGCAGAUAAUAAUAUUAUACGACUUUAUGGAUUCACUAAAAUGAAAGUCAAUGCAUACAAUUCUGAAUUGAGUUAUGCGUUAAUAUUAGAAUUUGCAGAUAACGGUACACUAAGGAAUUAUUUACGGAAAAAUCCUGACCUCAGACUUGCUGGUUAUUUACCAUACAUGGAUCCUUAUGCCCUUAAAAAUUCUGAGCAGAAAUUACAGAUAAUAAGUGUACUCUUAUGGGAAAUAUCUAGUUUACGUCCUCCAUUUGAUGGAAAAGAUAGAAACGAUCUGUAUAUUCAGAUAUUAAAGG